AUGUGGCACAACGUCGGGCUGACCCUGCUGGUGUUCGUGGUCACGCUGCUGAUCGUCCUGCUGCUGAUGGUGUGCGGUUGGUAUUUUGUAUGGCAUCUUUUUCUAUCGAAAUUCAAGUUUCUGCGGGAACUGGUGGGAGACACAGGAUCUCAGGAGGGAGAUCAUGAGCCAUCAGGCUCUGAAACAGAAGAAGACACUUCGUCAUCCUCACACAGGAUCAGAUCUGCUCGCCAAAGGAGGGCACCUGCUGAUGAAGGCCACUGA